GCGUUUCGCGGCUCCCGAACCUCAGUCGGAAUCAGCUUGCCAACAAAAUAGCGUCUUCGGUUCAAGACCCCGUCCGUCGUUCAGUCGACGCCGCGCCGACGCCAAAACGAAAAUCGGUUUUCGCGUCUCGAUUCGCCCCGCUCUGCGUGCAACAGUUCUUGUUUACACACGUGGCCUAAACGAUAAUGCCAAAGUAAACCCCAAGCGGAGACAGCAUGAUGCUCUUGUUCGUGUCGUGCGUAGUUUGUUCCAUUUCUCUGUCCGCGAGUGGGUAUUCCUGGCCCGGCGCGGAGACCACCACCAAGUCGCCAUCUCGGGACAUCCACAGCGAUCCUUUGGUGGUCGAAACCACUAGCGGGCUAGUGCGAGGUUUCGCCAAGACGGUGCUCGGAAGGGAGGUCCACGUAUUCACGGGAAUACCAUUCGCGAAGCCGCCGAUCGAGCAGUUGCGUUUCCGUAGGCCCGUCGCCAUCGAUCCCUGGCACGGAGUCCUGGACGCCACCAAAAUGCCCAACUCGUGUUUCCAGGAACGGUACGAGUACUUUCCAGGCUUCGAGGGCGAAGAGAUGUGGAACCCGAACACCAACAUCUCGGAGGACUGCUUGUAUUUGAACAUUUGGGUGCCCCAAAGGCUGCGCAUCCGCCACCAUUCGGAUAAACCUCCGAUGGAACGUCCCAAAGUGCCGGUGCUGAUUUGGAUAUACGGGGGCGGCUACAUGAGCGGCACCGCCACGCUAGACAUAUACGAUGCGGAUAUUAUAGCGGCAACCAGCGACGUUAUAGUCGCCUCCAUGCAAUACCGAGUCGGUUCCUUCGGUUUCCUUUACCUGAACAAGUUUUUUUCGCGAGGAAGCGAGGAGGCGCCCGGCAAUAUGGGUCUGUGGGACCAAGCGCUCGCCAUAAGGUGGAUCAAAGAAAACGCCGCGGCUUUCGGCGGCGAUCCCGACUUGAUAACUCUGUUCGGUGAAUCCGCUGGCGGAGGAUCCGUCAGCAUCCAUCUGCUAAGUCCCGUCACUAAAGGUCUCGCCAAACGUGGUAUCCUCCAAUCGGGUACCAUGAACACCCCCUGGAGUUACAUGUCGGGAGAGAGGGCGGAACAAAUCGGUCGCAUUUUGGUACAGGAUUGCGGAUGCAACGUUUCGCUACUCGACACCAACCCCCAUCAAGUGAUGGACUGCAUGAGGGCCGUCGAUGCCAAGACCAUUUCGCUGCAACAAUGGAAUUCGUAUUCGGGAAUAUUGGGAUUUCCUUCCACUCCGACGGUGGACGGGAUUUUUUUGCCCAAGCAUCCCAUGGACAUGCUCGCCGAAGGAGAUUAUGAAGAUAUGGAGAUAUUGCUCGGGAGUAAUCACGACGAAGGCACUUAUUUCCUGCUGUACGAUUUCAUCGACUUUUUCGAGAAGGACGGCCCCAGUUUUUUGCAACGCGACAAGUAUCACGACAUCAUCGAUACCAUCUUCAAGAAUUUCACCAGGAUGGAAAGGGAGGCCAUAGUGUUUCAGUAUACCGACUGGGAACAUAUUAACGACGGCUACCUCAAUCAAAAAAUGGUUGGAAACGUGGUGGGAGAUUAUUUCUUCGUGUGUCCGAUGAACGAGUUCGCCGAAGUCGCUGCUGAAAGGGGAAUGAAAGUUUACUACUACUAUUUUACACAUAGGACGAGCACAUCACUUUGGGGCGAGUGGAUGGGCGUAAUGCACGGGGACGAAAUUGAAUACGUGUUUGGCCACCCUCUGAAUAUGUCGUUACAAUUCAACUCGAGAGAAAGAGAGCUGAGCCUCAAGAUUAUGCAGGCCUUCGCCAGAUUCGCCGCUACAGGGAAACCCGUGACUGACGAUGUGAAUUGGCCCCUUUACACAAAGGACCAGCCUCAGUAUUUUAUUUUCAACGCGGACAAGAACGGAAUAGGAAGGGGCCCCCGGGCAACGGCAUGCGCUUUCUGGAACAACUUUCUGCCCAAAUUGAGGGAAAAUUCAGGUUCAGACGAUCCGCCCUGCGUCAACACUUACUUAAGCAAAAUGGGUUCUUCGUCGGCACGAUUCUUUGCAUCGCCUGUGCGAACAAUUCUUCAAGUUCUCUCCACCUUUAUUUUGACCCUGCACAGAGCGUUGUAGGUCUAGAGUGUGUCACCCCCUUUUAUACACACAAAAUAAAUUGUAGAUGCCACUUUAGACGCUUCAGAAAACCCCCCGCGGAGUUGUUUCGAGGAAAUCUGAUUGGUGUAGACGCGCCAGGUUUGAACUUGUUUAUAAAUACGUAUCUGGCUGGAUGUUUUUUAAGGGGGCUUCGUGGUGAUGCGAGAGAAUUUGUAGUGAAAACAGGGCGUCUAUGUAAUUAGCGUCGACGCGAAAGGUCUUGCUUGCUCAAAACGCUAGCGAGUAGGGUUCGAGGAAUUUUAUUGGAUUCGAAAUUUUAUUAAAGCAAAAAAAAAAUAUUGUUCUAAGGUCCUGCGGGCCGCGUAAUUUACCGUUAAGUUAAACAAAUUUAAAUGUCGCACGUAUGUUACUAACUUCAGCUUAAUAGACGUAAACUAAGUGGGAAGCCUCUCGUUUCAAAAUUUUCUCGUGUCGCUAUGAAACUCGCGUUUUAUUCCAUUGCAAUUUCGUGUCAAUUGAAAGUCGCGAUGGGCGAUUUUGCAAACAAAACUGCAUUGGGUGUUUAUUCGGACGUUUGGUAGAGGCUGCUGUGUACGGCGAAAAAGCGUCGUAUAUUCCAGAUAAAUUGAGCAAUUCUCAGUUUGUUUGAGGCCCAAGUAAACCAAAUGUAACAUCACAUAUCAUUGUGUAUUUAGUCGGAUGUCAGGAACAGGAUUUGCGGCUUUUGCCAUCUGUUCUAUGCCUUUUAUCUAACCGAGUCUGAAAUUUAUGGCUUUCAUCUGCACUCGGGCCUUUGAAUGAUAAAUAGACGUCCUAAAGCAGGCCAAAAAUAACAACACACACACACACACAAUAAUAACCUCGCGUGGAAAAUUCGCAAAUCUCGGCAGCAUCUGUUAGGAAAAAGUAGCAUGCUCAUGCGAUUGACUGCAUUUGACUCGGUACAAAUCGCAUCGUUGUUUGUAUCAAGUCACGGACAAUCAUAUCAAUAUUAAUAAUGUGAAAUCUUAUGUUAGUGUUAGGAAUUUGUGCAGGAUUGCAUUGCGCAUGCUUCUGUAUGCUUCUCGAGUAAAACGUACGUCUUAUGUAAAAUUGUCAAUGUGAGCCCGGAUAUGGAGCUCGCCGUAUUUACAUAUCAUUACAUAACUUGGUGAUAGAAACAUAUCAUUUUGAGCCAAAAACUGUAUAUAUAGUAUUUUUGUUAAGUAUACAAUGUAAAUUUUUGUAUACAGAGUAAGAGAAAUUCUAUAAUUAGCUUGAGACUGUACAUUUUUUAAGUUUAUAGUUGACAAUACUUUUCAAGUAUUGCUGUAUACACUAUUAAUAAAAAAAAGUAUAUGGAAAACUCAGAGCGAGAACGUCAGUAUAGUUAAGCGUCGCUAGUUCAGCUGACCCCAUGGGUUUUUGCUCUUGAGAAUGAUCUUGAUAAAUGGAAACGUUAAAUCAAAUUGGAAAAUGAAUAUCUACACCUAAAACAAAACUGUGAAGUAUUUAGCAUCUUAACACUCUCUCAAGUCACAGAUGGACAAUGUGUACAUUUUUCGUUGUUAUUUCAAGAUAUCUCAGUUAUUAUUUAUUAUUUUUGAGGUACAGAAAAAACAGAAAUCUGUUGAUUUCAGUUUAACUUUGUAUUUUAAACACCCUGUGUCAUAAAGAAUAGAUGAUAAUGAAAUCAUAGAUCUUUUUACGUGUACCAAGUGGCGUACUCUGACUAUAAUUUAUAUAUUUAAAACAAACAUAUUACUUUAAAUUAACAUAGAUUUUGGCAAAACAAUAUUUUUUUUUACGCGAGUGUUAACAUUUUAUCAUUAUUGUUCUAAUUAUUAUUUUAUUAUUAAAAAUAAAAACAUAAUGCAAAAAAAUAAUAAAAUUCAAAAGAAUUGCUUUCCGCCAGCUUCCCGGCUUCACACAAUUGGUCUACAAUUGAAUCCAGAAUUCAGUGGUGUACUAAGAUUUUAUUAUACAGUAGAAGUUUUGAAGACGGAGUUUAAAUGAAAUAAGUGAAAGAACAUAUGUUUUAAAAAAAUAUAUUGAGCUUUUUAUAUUCUUGGAAAUAGUUAAAAAAGUAAAUAUAAAUAUUUUCACUUUUCGAUUUACUUCCCAAACAUUAUACAAAAUAUAAAAAAAAGAGAUUUUUAGAUUAAAUUAGUCCUAUAUUGCUUAAAAAUAAGUAUAAAUAUUUACACUUAUUGAAUUGUUUCCCUAAAUAUUCUACAAAAUAAUAAAAGAAGAUUUUCUGAUUACAUUAUGUCCCAUAUCGCGAUGUUUUGUCGUUUAUAUUUUUUCUGAUAAUGGAAUAAGAAGUAAUGCUUUCUUAAAAUAUAUGCUUAUUUAAAGUAAUUUAUUUAGAUAAUCACAGAGUAUUAAAAAGCAUAUAAAAAGCUCGACAACAUUUAAAAAUAAGUUUUUGAGUUGCUUAUCAAACAAUCUAGAAAAUAUUUUGAGCAAUUGAGAUUUUUAUUCGAUAUUUCCAAGUAUAAUUUAUUUAUUAUAACACUUUCAUUAUUUGUAUUUUUUUCUGAUAAUAAUAAUGUUAAUAAUAUGUCGAAUGGAAUAAAAUUGGGAGAAUAGAAGCAUUUUUUAAAUAAAAUAUCGAAAUAUAUGUUUAUUUAAAAUAACAUAUUUUAAAAGAGUAUAAGAAGCUCAAAAAAAAUAGAGAAAAAACGAAACAUAAUGUUGCAUUCCAUCUUAAAAAAUACAUCUUUUACGUGAAAAAAAAUUGAAUGAACUAUUGGAUUUUACGUAAAAAGUUCUAUCAGGUUCCAUUUCCAUAUAGGUUGUUCGAAAUGCAAAGGGUAACUGAAAUGGUCAAACUUCUUUGUCUGUCCCCCUGCCUCUCGGCUAUUAAACAUUCAAACAUUAAAACAUUACCCACUCUAGCGACUUCCAGUAUGCAAAAGGAGAAUCAUUUGGCGGAAUAAAUAUUGAAUAAAAAAAUACUGGCCUUCUCUACUUCCAUACGGCAAUACGCUUAUAUUGUGCUAGACCACUAUUAUACUAUAACGAACAUAUACACUGUUAUUCUAUACAUACCUUGAUAUACACCUGUUGUAGAUUUUUCUGUUAUCGGUCGGAAAGUAACUUAUGCAGGGAAAACGUAACAUAUUUCGAUUUUGAGUUUGGCACCUCAAAUUACUGGGCCCUGUGUAUCGUACUUUCUUUUUGAAUUGUCACGCUUACUGUCAAUUACUGUAAUGUACAACAAUGUAUAAGGAUGCUUUAUAUGGGGCAGUUUUCUGUUAAAAUUGGGCCAGACCUUUUCAAAAGUCUUCCGAUAUUCUCGGCGCUCGUUAUUCCAAUCAUCAUAAUAAAUCGAAACCUGGAAAACUAAAUCCCGAUUAAGAAGCAAAACGGCGAAAAUAAACCAAACGAUCGUCCCAUUAGUUUUUUCGUCUUAACUUCGUCCGAAAGCAAUUUGGAAAUAUAAUAAAGGGAAUAUCUUCAGGCCAAUUACUUUAGAAAUUACGGGAAAUUAUCGGUCGGUUCAAGUAUUAAAUACCAGAUUUCUUGCAAAAUUUUCUUUAUCUACGUUAUUGAAAUUACUGCGCUGAAGUAGAUUUGUUAAUAGAAUUAAAAGGACAAAAAAUUAUUUGAAAGCACGGGUCAAGAGAAGUGCUGCGUUGCCUAGUAAUUGUGGAAUAUUUGACCAUUGAAAUAUCCUUACUAUUUCACUAACCUGCGACGUUAAAACGCGAGAGCAGUUGACAAAACACUGAAUAUUUCAAACACAAACCUUAAUAAAAAAUUUAAAGAUUUCCUAUCCGUUAUACCCCGAGUUGCGUUGAAUCAAAUGUGAAAUAAAAAUCGUCUGUACUUAUGUGUGUUACAGAGCGUUCAAUUCGAACAAGAAGACUUUGGUUAAUGCGUUUUAACUUUUCAUACUUUUACUAUUGGUGACCAGAAUCAGAUAGGUCUGGGUUUUAUCUGUUCUGUCUUCUGUACCAAAUUAUCAAAAAUAUCAAAAAGUUAUAGUGGGGAGUUAAUUCGAAACUCACCACUAUCUCGACGGCACCACUGCAUGUGUUGUUUAUUUGUUGCUGACGUUAUCAAAUGAUUUAAAGCAACUAGUUAAGAAAUCGCCAUCGUAAUUGCAUUUCAUUCUUAACAUUAUUAACAUUUCUACUAAUUUUUGAUUUCUAUAUAUCUACUUUUAGAAAAUAAAGGUAAUUAUUUAUUUUGAAUAAAGAGAGCUACUUUCCGGUAGUGAAUGGUUUUGGGGCAGCUGCAAUACGAAAACAGGUGCGAACGCUGGAAAAGUUCUCUCAUAUUAUUCGAGUAAAUUCUGUUAUUAUUUUCGAAAAUAAUUGAUUCAAACUGUAAUAUCUGUUUCAUUAGUGUUCGCAGUUGUUUAGGAAAUGCUUUAACGUAGCGAAUGGUGGUUCAAAAAAUUCACAGAUUUGCCCGGGCCUUUCAAUAAUUUUUAAUAAUAUUUUGGAGGCCGUAAGAAUAUUUAAAUAGAACUUCUCGGUUAAAAUUGUAAUACACACAAUAUAUUGUCGAAUAUCUUUCAGUACAAAAAUGUCAUAGAAAUUAAAAAUUAUACAAAAAGUUAUUCUUUUAAAAAGUAUAGAGAUCUAAUGCCCAAAAUUCAAGUGGGGAAGUUUCAUUUUCAGCGCCAAUUCCUAUUCCCCUACGGUUCAUAUACGUUUAUUUUCGUGAAGAGGGAAUUGCACUUUUAAGCUUAAUUUUAUAUUUUCCUCUCCUAAAUUUUGGACAGAACAAGUCGUUCAAAUAAGUAAUAAGAUGAGCACUUUGGCUAUUUAAUGUUUUAGAUUUGAAUUAAAGCUUGGCAUCUACAAAAUCUUCAAAUCUUCACAAUCACUAGGCCCAAAAUAAAUUUUAGGUAACAAGAUAUACUUAGCAUUGUACCGUUAUCGUGAGAGUUUUUAUUGUACAAAAGAGAAUAUUCCGCAUUCUUGUUGAUCCGCCUUGUAUUGCUAGACGAAAAGAAACACAAACAUUUUACUUGGCGUCAGAAUUUCCGAUUGGUCCAUACGAUAUUAAAAUGAAGAUAUAUUUGAGUUUGUAUUUUUUUUAUUACUUGUUCCCUUUACGCAUUUUUUGCAGUUUUGGGAACUAAAUAAAUAUCUAUUUAUUAUCCAUUAUGUUUUUUUCAAUUUGUAAUAUGCUUUUUAACUUUUACCGGAAACAUAAAAAAUACGUCUCGCAGGUGUGCUUCACUUAAUGUUUGCUAAGCUCUUUAACAGUUCCGAAUCAACAUAAAAAUUUUCUUUUUUUACUGACCCACAGGAGUUAAGCGAUAAUACGGUUUCAUCUCCUGUUCAGUCGGACCGAUAACGGCACGGUGAAGUAGGAAUUUUCGAUUUUCGAAUAACGCCAUUAAAUAUUUGUUUCCCCAUGUUCAUAUGACCCAAUUUCCGCUCGAGUAGGAAAACUAUCGGCUUAUUUUAUUUUAGGAAGUUCCCCGUACCUCGCAGCGGCUGGCUUAAGAUUCUUUUUAGAGAAGUUCUAGACGUCACAAAAGCAAAUCAAUAAAACCGGAACAGCAACGUUGCUGGCUCCCGGACAUUCUAAGCCUAUCUGGAAUGGGCAGUGGCGUAUGGCAUUCUAUUAAUUAAAUCCGGGCACUAUAGUUUUGCGCUAUCGCUAACCUUGAUUUGCCAUAACAUUUUUUCAGAAAUAAUUUUUUAUUAAAUUUAUUCGCUAGACUCUAGACUCUAGACGUUUACAUAAAUAUAAUGGAAUUUAAUUCGCUUUUCUCCUAAGAUAAAUAAAUAAGUAAAAAAAUAUUUCAAGAAAAAAGAUAUCCGGAUCGAUUUUCUUUUUAUAUAUUUCUGUUGUAGAUAGAAAUAUGUACGAAACAAAAUAAGAAGAGACUUGUAGUAAGAAAGUGAUCCCCUUUCAUUGUUUUUAAAUUAUUUUCAACUUUAUCUGUAGUGCCUUGUAAAAUUUUCAAAUGAUCCUCAUAGAUCGAAAAAGAAAUAUACUUCAGAUGAUAAUGUUCGCCUGAAACACCCUAAGAUUUUGUCAUAACUGCAAUAAUUUCGGAACUCGGAUGGGUAGUGAUGUGAUUUGGAAUAUUUUUGCUUAUGGUUACUCUUUUUCUGGAAGGUUCCAAUAAAGCGAAUUAAAAUUUUCCUGCGUAUUCGGUCAUAUAAAACCUUUUAUUCACUAAACAUUACUUACGUUUCGGCCAAAGACCGUAAGCCAUCUUCAGAAAUGUGUUAUACAUAAAGAGACUAAAAUUAAAGAUACAUAUAUUUUUCUGUAAUGACAAUUUUUAUUUCGCGUUAGUUUUAAAAUUUAUCUGCUUCUUUUACAAUAUUAUUUAAAAACACAUAUAUAAAGUCAGAUAACAGACCGAAUCUAGUUUAUUAAACAACAACGUAGAAUUAAAAUAGAAUCAAGGGUAACAUAAGGCGCCAAACUAACAUGAAAAAAAACAUUCCAUAGGAACAAUAAUAAAAAAAUAUUGUAGCACGACUUUUCUAUAUGUAUUAAUAAAACUUAAUUUUUGGCAAAAUCCACAAAUCCACAACUAGAUUAUUAAAUUAUAAUAAAUUUGUUUCUAAAUAAGUUCUUAAUGUUCUGUAAUUACAUCAUAAUAGUAUUAAUUAUAGAACAGAAGCUGACAGCUAGUCAAAAAUUUAUUUGCACAUCGUCUGAAUUGGACUUCGUAGGUUAUCUGAUAUAUUUUUUUAAUUUUUAGACUGAGGUAAUUCCUUUAUGUUUAACACAUCUCUGAAGAUGUCCUACUGCUUUUUGAUCGAAACGUACGUAAUAUUUACGAAAUAUAAAGCUUUCUAAUGGCAAUAUAUACAAUAACACUGUUUUUUUUCUUAAAAUAACUUAAAUCUAACUCAAAAAAACAACCACACUGAUAUUUAUUAUAGGCGCUAGUUGCAAUUAGCUUUUAGUUUCUUAAUUUUUGUAUUUUAUUGAAGUUGAGUUUUCCACAAGAACAGUAAAUGGGUAACAGAUAUGUUAGUUCUGAUAAAAUACAGGCAUUGUGAAUUUUAUAUUGAGCAUUGUCUCUUCAGAAUUUUCUACAUUUAAAGGGAGCUCCUAUUUUAAUUUUGAUAUUUUCUAUGUGGAUCGUCCAACUCAUACAGGAUGAGCCUGCUUGUUUAUCUCUUUGUUUAAACAUUUAUAUUAGUUUUCAUUAAAUUAAUUUUGAAGUUGAAGUAACACUCGUUUGUAAUAUUUUGUUAAGUCACAAUUGACAAAAUCAGUAAGUUUCACACUCGCAGAAAAAAAAUGGGUAUUCAGCAAUCCCUGAGGCACUCAACAAUUGAAUGUCGCAGUUUCACUUUUCCGUUCGUAACACUGUCGUACUGUUUUCUUUCGCAAAAAUAUGAUCUGUUAUCUCACUAUCCCUACUAUUUCUAAUUUCCUAUUAUUAUAUUUAAAACUUAAUUUAAUGUUUUAUAAGUUAUGUAUUAUUUUUAUAGCUGGUACGUUUGAAAUUUUAGUCGACACUCAAAAGUUCAUAAUGAGCCAAGAAAAUUUAAUUUCUCCUAUCUUAUUACGUUCCGCCGCUGUUGAGGGUUCAUUGUGUUAUUUAACGCUCCGAUACCUUUUUCUGGUUCCCCGUUAAAGUUUCGAAGAGAGUCAGGGAGAGUUUUAAGACCCGCGUCAAUCUAGGAUCAUAAAUAUUUAAUUUUAUAAUUUAAUCAGAAGUGGGCCGCAUUUUUUUCAUGCGCACUUGAACCAUUUCCAUUUUUCUCGAAGUUUUCUGUGGCCGUUCUUCUAAAACUUAGACAAGUUGCAUGCCGCUCAAACCUCCUUUAUUAGGUGAAUGCGCCGGAUUGGUAAUAUACGAAGCUGGAAUCGGGACUUUUGAAAAAUUUCUGAUGCAAUCUACGUUGAUUUGUCGGGUUAGAAGUAACAUUUCUAAAAUUCAACAAACUCUUUUGAAUUUGUGUAGUGACUGCUGCUUAAUAGCGACGUCGUUUCGUUUAUGUAAAAGAAAUUGUUAAGUGUGAAACGUGAAUAUACGUACAGCUUAUAGAUGUAAAAAAUAUUUUAAAAAGCACCCGUCUCUAGCAAGUAGUCACAUGGCCUUUAAUAUUUUUAGAGUAAAGUAGGCCGGAAUUGCGCUGUUGCAAACCCGUAUUUUUCUUUGCGGAAUUCCAGUCACUUUUAUAGAACUAUACUCGAAAAUUUUUUAGAGUGUAUCUUACAAUCAGUACUGUAGUAAGGGCUAAGAUAUACAAAAAUGUACGAGACAUAUCAUCUAUACCGCACACGUAUCAGCUGUACUGUCCAAUAACUACGUAGGUAGCUAAAACAAAUACACCAUGUGUAUUUUCUACGUAUUUAUAUACAAGCGAGUAGAACGAAUUGAAUUUUUAAAUUUGGGAGUGUUAAUUUUUCAAUCGGAGAGGUUGCUUGCUCUUAUUAUACUGUUUGAUUGCUGCUAGUGUUUUAUAUGCGAUUUGUGAAGGUAAGGCUAAUCAAUUGGCUCAUGUUGAAAGAUGAUUUUGGACAAAGAAUUUCAGUUUGGUUUAAACAGUUUGGUGCAUAUUUGACCUAUUACUUCGUGUCAAAUCUAAUUUUAACUAAUCGAAACUUCUUUAAAUUGGGUUUGGACGUGUGCCUCAGCUUUAUUGUAAACCAAAAUGAAACAAUACCAACAUACUGAGGAAAUUUUGCGAAAAUAUUUGGAGCUUAACUUAAAAUUUUUGUUUGAAAACAAAAUCUUAUUUUUAACUACAUUAGUAAUAUUUCAUUAACUUUAUAUUUUCUUGAAGUACCCAAUUUAGUAGUCGAUUUGGUUAUUUUUUACGGUAUGUUUUUGGAUACUGCAACUAGUCACAGACAUAUCGUCACUCUUAACCUUCUAUAAACAAAAAUGGUAUUAUUUCGGGAUCAAAGAAACAAACAUUCCUUCUAAGUAAGUUUGAAUUCUCAGUCAACUGACUUCGCCAUAUUUUCUUAUUGAAAAUGACGUUUUUACAAAAAAUACUGAAUAUAUUUUGCCAAAUAUUUAGAGCCGAAUUUACAAUUUUCGCUUGAAAACAAAUUCAUUAAUUUUCGUGUUAAGUUAAGCUGAAAUGUUCAUGAAAUUUGGCAGGUGUGAGGCGAGUAUGAAGAUAUUUUUUGAGGUAUUCUGUCAUGCAAAAUCUCAAUGAUUGGAAACGUAUACUUAUGCCUAAAAUAUUGCAAAUUAUCUUUGGAGAUGCAGAUAGUUUCUGUGAAUGCUGCUGAAGAAUAUUUAAACUUCUGCUGGCCAUCUGGUCCGUCUAGAAAUAAGGAAAAAAGAAACAGACAUGGCGAGAUAUAUAUAUAUAUAUAUAUAUAUAUAUAUAUAUAUAUAUAUAUAUAUAUAUAUAUAUAUAUAUAUAUAUAUAUAUAUAUAUAUAUAUAUAUAUAUAUAUAUAUAUAUAUAUAUGACAUGACAUGACAUGACAUUUAGCAGGUGUGAGGCGAGUAUGAAAUUGAAAUAUUUUUCAGGUCAUGCAAAACCUCAAGGAUUGAAAACGAAUUAAAAAAAGCAUAACUAUACAUAAAAUUUUGCUUCUUACCAUCAAAUUCAGCCUUAGGAUUUUUUUGUUACAAUUUUAUAUGUUGCCAUUAGUCGCAGACAUAUCGGUACUAUUCCAAUUUUUCAGGUAGUCUAUGUGAGUGCAGCUGAAGAUUUAAACUUCUGUUAGUCAGAAAAAAAGAGAUGUUCCUUGUAAGUAGCAGCGACAUUGCGAAAGAAUGGAACCAAUUUUGAAUUUGUAUUAAAAUAAUAAAAGGUUCAUAUUAACAUCCCCAAAAAAAAAACACCUUUUUAUUUACGACUAUUUUUAAAUUUUUAAUCACUGACUCGCAAAUUUGACUCACCAAAGCUGAUAUUUAUCUUGAAACAGUGUUCUAAUUUGAAGCAUAUCUAAUAGAAGUCAAUCUCAAAAACACACUGACGCUUUUGAAAAAAAAAACUAUUGAAAGUCAAAUACAAGAGUAUGGCGGCCUCAUUUGUAGAAACUUGUAGAAAAAUUGACUGCAGCAGCCAAAAACGUUACUACGAAUAUAAAUGAAGCCUCAUUUCGGUAGGAAUUAUUAAAUUGGUCACAGUGUCCAAUUUUGAGAAAUCAAACUCUCCGAUCCCUUCACGAAAACCUUAAUUACCACAAUAACGCACUGUGGGCAACAAAGAAACACGUUGCGGCUUAAAAAAUCUGUUCGCAAUUUUGAUGUGAUAUUAGACGCUCUGUGUUUGGAGUGCUUCACGGCACUUUAUGUCUUAAAAAUGAACUCGGGUGCAAUCGUUUUGCAAAUUUAUGCCGUGCCGACUCGUAUUGAUUCCCGAAUCGAUAGCGAUAAUUUAUUUAAACGUAUAUUUUCGUACCUACGGCCUCCGUUAAAUUAUUGCCGUUGAAUUUUGCGGUCAAAUGGUUUGGAGUAUUUGGAUUAGAAUUUGAACGGGAUGCGGGCCUAUUUUUUUUCGAAAUGUCGCUAUCGAUUGAUUUUUCAAAUGCACAACGCGUUUCCGAAGCAAGUAUCCAAUACUGAAACGAAAUACAAGGCGGUAAUUUUUUUUGAACUUCUAUGUCUAUAUACAUAAAAUUGUUAAAUGCUCUUAUGCUCUCCACUAGUCUAAUUUUUAUUAAUAGUAAUGCGCGUAAACUAUCAAAAAGCUGUGUCAGAAAAGAAAUUAUCUGGCGAAGCUUUCUCCACACAUGGUUCCAAAUUUGUUCGAAAUAUUUCAGCAGCUAUAAAACAACAACUAAAAAAAGUUAAUGAUUUUUCUCAUGCUUUGGACAGUUGCUUUGGUAAAACUCAGUAUACUCGAAAAAUAUGAAAAAUGUUUGCAAAACGGCUGUUCCUAGAUUCAGGGAAUUUAUUAUUGAAGAAAAUAUAUAUACAUAUCCGUAAAAAUGGCUGUUAAAAACAGGCAGUGUUCUAAAGGUUUAGUUCUAUAAAGCUUUCGAUUGUGUUUAAAUGUGGUUGAAAAACCAAAUUGCUCUGAAGAGUCAAUAUUACCUUAGUAAAAAAAGAAUAGAUAAUAAGUAUUUAGAAGAACUAUGCAAGUGUAGCUUAAGAAGUAUGUCGUAAUACACGUAGGCCUAUAACCUUAAAUUAAAUCAAGGAAAAACCUAUUAGUUUUGUAUAUUUCAAAUUUAUUUUAAUAUCUUUGUAAAGUGGGUGUAAAAGUAAUUCUAAAAUGGUUAUAGUUGACAUUGAUUUCCGUUCCCUCUUAGAUACUUUGUAUACUGUGUUGUUUGUCUAACCUCAAAUAAAAUGAUGUAUA